GUCCUCCCACUAAGCUUUCCCAAUGUUCUGACUCAACGGGCUAUCAACGCUGAAUCAGUCAAGUAGUUUGGUAUAAGAGCCAUGUCAGGUCUACUUGGGUCCACGAUAGGACUCCGGCGACUGUGCCCACGUAUACGGUCAUUUGGACACGAAGCCAUGGCGUCCGACUUGCAUCUCCUAGUCGUUGGUCUCGGCAAUGCGCCCCUUCCCAAUACGCGGCACAGCGUCGGUCACGUUGUUAUCGACUCUCUGGCGUCUCGAAUGGGUCUGCGCCUUUCCUAUGACCGUUCUAUGGGCGGCACAUAUGGCACCACCACUGUCAUGCUCGGUCAGGUGCCAACUACUGUGACCCUCUUGAAGCCCAAGAACUUGAUGAACAUACUCGGGCCAGACGUGGCCACAGCGCUCAGGAAGACGUGCAUGCUCCCCUCCGGCAAUCUCGUCGUCAUACACGAUUCAAUAGAGCACAAGGCACAGACAGUGUCUUACAAGACGGGCGGAUCCGCAAACGGACACAAUGGCGUUCGGAGCGUCAUCACCGCUUUGGGCCACAAGCAGGAGUUUCACCGAAUACGUAUCGGGAUAGGACGCGAAAGGUCUGACCCGGCGAAAUACGUGUUGGGACCCUUAUCUGCGGAAGAGCGUCUAUUCUGGGGGUCGUCGGGUCACGGUACGGACCUUGUCUGGAAGCAGCUCGAAUUUGUCGCGCGACAGCAAGGCAAGCAACAGGGGUGAAGAACGCAUCAUACUUUCCAUACGGCCGCUAUGGGUACACCAACCAUACGCGGUUCUGCUGUCCGUCGCUGGCCACAUUUCGCAACUGCGUGAGAUGCUCGAUGCUGAUACACCGUUGCCAUAUCCGGCACCUUCCCGGUCUUUCUCCGCUCAAACCGACCCAGAUCAACUCUGGCCGUCGCUCGACCAUCAGAGAAGGCCGUCUUCGAACGCGAUGCAGCGCGCUUCCGCCCGCCCGCCGCAUCGGCCAAACAAAUGUAAAUAACGCGAACGUCACGAGGGUCGCGCUUCGGCGCCUUCGUCGACGCAAAUGCAUAUGGGAGCCGCAUGGCCCCGCGCACUUCCCGCCGCGCUCGCCGUGGUUCGCGACGUCCGCGGUUCCUUAAGUAUCGCGUGCCGCUGUCUCCCCGGGGUUGACGCGAAGACUGUCCCCGGGUCUCAACUCUAAUCCCUCAUCGACCGCACUGGGCCAGCGAGAGUUCAGCGAUGGCGAUACUUCGUGCAAGAACGGCGUUGGCCGCAGCCUUGGCAGCUUCGACUGCCAUAGUCAGCGCUCAGCCUUCUCCCGAAGUGCAGAAGAGGAUCUCCCAGGCAAUCGAGAACGCGGCGAACGAGACGACGAUUGACUACACCUCUUUCGUCAACGUUUUCAUCGAUAAUUUCGGGGAUGUCUGUCCCGGCGCAUCCAUACCCUUUGGGAUGGUUAAGUUCUCCACCGACCUUACAGGAUAUGCACCUGCGGGUUACAUCACCGACCCAACACAGAAGAUUCGCGGUCUCUCCCCUCUCCAUGAUUCCGGAACCGGUUCCUCCUUGGGAACUUAUGGCAACUUCGAGAUCAUGCCUUUGUUGUGCCCCAAAGGAUUCGAUACGUGCACCACAAGAUUGAACGCUCGAGAAAGAUUCCGCAAGAACAACACCGAUGAUGCGUCCCCUGGAUACUUCUCCCAAACGAUGGACAACGAUCUCAAAAUGGAAGCCACCUCUACUCGUCGCGCUGGUCUCGAACGGUUCACCUUCCCCAAGGGAUCAGGGACACCUUACUUCGUACUGGAUUUGGCGAACGACCUUCCAGGGUCCUUUGCAGGAGGUAACUUGACCAUCGACCCCGAUGCAGGUCGUAUCACCAUUGGUGGACAUUGGGGUUCUAGUUUCGGACCAGGGAACUUUCAUUACCAGGCCUUUGCUUGCUAUGACCUGCUUAAUAAUGGGAAACAGACAUUGAAGGAAUACGGCGUCUGGACCGGCGACGACUAUGGCCUCGAUGCCAAAGGUCUGGGGAUGACACACCUCAACCUUUCGCAGAACCUCAUUGGCGGCCCACCGUACGAGUCGGGGGCACUAUUCUCCUUCGAUCAUGAACCCUCCGAAGUCAUCAUUCGUGUGGGUGUCUCAUUCGUGUCGGCCGAUCAGGCGUGCCAAAACGCCGAGCAAGAGGUCGGAACGUCCUCGUUCGACGACAUCGUGGCGCAGUCGAAAGCGCUCUGGAACGAAAAGCUGAGUAAGAUCGAGAUUGACGUUGCGCACACGCCUCCGAACGUCACCGAACUGUUGUACUCGUCGCUUUACCGGUCAUUCCUGACGCCGAACAACGCCACCGGCGAGACGCAAGGAGUCUUCGCCGGCACAUCUUCCUUCUACUUUGACUCUCUGUACUGCAGCUGGGAUACCUUCCGGACCUUCUACCCGCUGCUAUCCCUACACUCUCCCGUCGAGUUCGCGCAGAUUGUUGACAACUAUAUCGACGGGUACCGCAAGAUGGGAUGGAUGCCCGAGUGCCGAGCCAACAACCUCCCAGGAUGGACCCAAGGCGGCAGCAGCGCGGAUAACAUUGUAGCCCAGUUCGCCGUAAGCUAUCACAACGAAGCGGCUGCCCUUGGCAUCGACCUGCAGGAGCUAUACGCAGCGCAAGUUGCCGACGGACAGGUCAAUCCACCAGAGUGGAAUACCCUGGGUCGUCAGGUGAACGUAUACAAACAAUAUGGUUACGUGCCGUUUGCAGUGUUAGACACCGAGUCCACGGGAAGACAAACAAGAGAAGGUAGUAGAACGGUGGAGUACGCCUUCGAGGAUUUCGGAAUACGGCAGGUUGCUCAGUUGUUGAACAAAACCGAUGAUGUAGCGUAUUACACCAACCGAUCCUUCAACUACCGCAAUGUUUGGGACCCUACGGUUAAGAGCAAUGGAUUCAAAGGUUUCCUUCAAAAACGAUACGCCGACGGAAAAUUCAACUUCACCGAUCCUACACAUUGCUCGCCUGUCGACGAUGUGACUACAGAGUGCUCCCUCCAGCAGGAUAAUACGAACGGCUUCUACGAAUCAUCUUCGUGGGAGUACAGUUGGUUCGCCCCGCACGACACAGCACAUCUCGUUCAGUUGAUGGGCGGAAAUUCGACGUUCCUCGACAGAUUAGACCACUUUUUUGAAGCCGGCUAUUACGAAGCCGGCAACGAGCCGUCAUUCCAGACACCUAUAGGAUACCAUUACGCGAACAAGCCAGCACGCUCGGUGGAUCGUGUUCGCGACGUGGUGUUCUCCAACUUUGACAUCACACCCGGUGGUUUGCCAGGAAACGACGAUCAGGCUGCGAUGGCGACCUUGCUCUCCUGGCACCUCCUCGGCAUGUACCCCGUGCCGUCCAGCACCGAGAUCCUCAUCCUGUCGCCGUUCACCCCGAAGUUCACCAUCCACAACAGCUACCUCGGCGUUUCCACUACGGUCAACGUCGUCAACUUCGAUCCCAAGUCCGUGAACGGUACGAUCCCCAAGGGCGCCUCCGCAUACGUUGAAAAGGUCACCGUGAACGGCGUCGAAACUGAGAGCAGGUGCCACUUCGACUUUUAUGACACCUUCCGCGCCGGGGCCAACAUCACGAUCACGCUCACUGCCGACAAGGAUAACGUUGAUGACUGUGCAGGCAGCUUGCCGGAGAGCUUAUCGACAGGCGGAUUUGCGAGCGCGAGGUGA